AUGCUCUCGCGCCGAAUUGCUGCGGCGCGCCCGCUCACCCGCGCCCUGCGGCCCGCCGCUCCUCAAGCCUCCCGUCUCCAGCUCCGCCACGCCUCGACCGGCGCCGAUGUCGAGGACCCUGACAUGAACGGCGGCUACGUCAACCCCCCGGCCGUCAAGCGCCAGUUCCGCGACCCGUACGGCGACUGGUGGGACAAGCAGGAACGCCGCAACUACGGCGAGCCCGUCCACGAGGACAACGACAUCCUUGCCAUCUUCUCCCCGGAGGAAUACACUCACUUCAAGCCCAACUGGGGCUGGGUCCUCUUCGGCACCUUCUGGGCUACUUUCGGUAGUUUCUGUGGCGUCACCUACUAUCUCCGCCCCGACAAGCCCAGCGCACCGAGGACUUUCGUCGAUGGCCUGGAGAAGGAACUGGGCGGUCCCGGCGCUGUGCGCGCGAGGAAGGACGGUGAGGGCGAGUGGUGA